AUGGAAGCCCGACCCAGCAGGAUAGAGUGCUUGGAACUCCCCGAGCAGCCUGAGCCGAAGAACCCCGGCCGGGUGUUCCACACCGAGCGCGUCGCCCCGAGGGGCGCCACGGAGUCGGUAACCGAGCAGCUGGCGCACGGCGGCAGCGGCGACGGCGUGAUCGACGAGACGUUCGACACCAGCGUCAAGAUCGGAGAGGCGCUGGAGGGGUCGGCCAGGGCCAUCGGGGACAAGCCCGUGGAGCGCUCCGACGCCGCGGCGAUACGCGUCGCGGAGGCGAGCGCCCUCGGCGGCGAUGCGGGGCGCGGGGCGAUCCCGGGCGGGGUCGCCGAGCGCGCGCAGGUCGCGGCGGCGGCCAACGCCCGCGCCGCGCGCGACGAGGACAGAGUCACCAUGACCGACGUGCUAACGUGGGAGGCGACGAUGAAGCUGCCGACGGGCAAGGCGGUGACUAGCGAGGUCGCUGCGGCGGCGGCAGAGGCGGAGGCGGCGAACGACCCCCGAGCGGAGACGAACCCCCGUGGGGUGAGCGCGGCGCUGGACAUGGCGGCGAAGCACAAUCUGAACACGAGCGCGCGUCUUGAAUUGGGCACCACGGCCUUUCCGGAUUAA